AUGCAGCGCUGCAGCAGUGGCAUGUGGUCAUCACAGGUUUCCAAGACACGGUUCUUCUCCUCACUGCCGUCCAUCACUUCUCUCACUAAUGUAGAAUCCCAAUUGAGAGCUUUUUGGAAGGACCCUGAUCCUAAAAUUUCAGACGCCAUUUCGAUUUUUCAUCAUGCCAUACAUUCCAACCGCCUGCCUUCGGGUUCAGCUGCAGCCGGCAACUUCCUUGUGGACGCUCUCUCGAGGUCGAAAAAUUAUGAACUAGCAUUCUCAGUUUAUACUAUGAUGACCAAGGUUGGUAUUUUUACAAGCUUUGUGUCAUUGAGUUGUUUAGUUUCGUAUUUCGUCAGUACCCGUAAGCCAGAAUUGGCACGUGGGGUUUUCGGCUUGGUGUUAAAGCGUGGAUUUCAGUUAAAUGAGUGUGUCAUGAAUCUUGCAUUAAAGGGUUUUUGUUCUAAUGGUGAAGUUGACAAGGCAAUUGAGUUGUUUGAUGUAAUGGGAAGACAUUUUGUGACUCCUAGUAUUCGUAGUUAUAACAUUCUUGUAGAUGGACUUUGCAAAGCGGAGAAGUUGAAAGAAGCAGUGGAAUUGUUGGUUGAUAUGGAGAUGUCAGAUUUUGAACCGGAUAUGGUAACAUACAGCACAUUGAUUAAUGGAUUUUGUAAACAGGGUAGAAUGGACGAGGGCAUGGGUUUCUUGAAGGAGAUGAGGCAAAAGGGUUUGGAAAUGGAUGUUUUCGUAUAUGGUGCCCUUAUAAAUGGUUUUUGUGCUAAUGGGAGUUUUGAUAGAGGAAAACAACUGUUUGAUGAGAUGUUAAACAAUGGUAUUUCUCCUAACGUGGUUACAUAUAGUUGUUUGAUUAAUUUUCUUUCGAAGACAGGGAAGUGGAAAGAAGUCAGUCUGAUGGUAAAUGAUAUGACACAAUGUGGAGUUCCCCCUGAUGCUGUUACUUACACAGGUAUCCUUGAUGGGCUUUUCAAAAAUGGAAUGGCUACAAUAGCCAUGGGGAUAUUCAGUUUAAUGCUAUCGAAGGGUAAAGAGCCUAAUAAUGUAACAUACAACGUUAUGAUUGAUGGACUAUGCAAGGAGGGGUUGGUGGAUGAUGCUUUAAAGAUCUUAGAAAUGAUGAAAGCGAAGGGUGUAAAGCCUGAUGUAAUUACUUACAACACGUUACUAAUGGGACUAUUCUGUGAUGGGAAGGUUGAUGAGGUGAUGAAACUUUUCAGUAAGAUAAGAAAUGAUGUGAACUCUGUUGAGCCAGAUGUUAUCACAUAUAACAUGGUCAUUUUGGGACUCUGCAAGGAAGGUAAUCUUGAUCAGGCUAUGGAGAUAUAUCAUACAAUGAUUGAAAGUGGCAUUUCUGGUAGCUUAUGUACUUAUAAUACUUUGAUAGAUAAAUGCCUACAGGAAGGAAUAGCUGACAAGGCCUUAGAAUUCUGGAGACAUGCAGUGGACUUGGGAGUUAUUCCUAAUUCAGUCACUUAUGGUGUCAUGAUCAAUGGAUUUUGCAAAAAUCAAAUGCUCAGGGUUGCAAAAGGACUUUUAGUAAAAUGAGAGCUUCUGGGAUUAGUCCGACUGUAAAUGACUACAACGUUUUGAUGUCAUCGUUGUGCAAGGAGAGUAGUUUGGGGCAAGCUAGGAUGUUGUUUCAAGAAAUGAGAACUGCAAAUUCUUUGCCUAGUGUUGUCUCAUUUAAUACCAUAAUUGAUGGAAUUCUAAAUGCUGGAGAUGUUAACUCUGCUAAAGAGUUGCUAGAGGACAUGUUCAAAUUGGGUUUAACUCCUGAUAAAGUUACCUUUUCUACAUUAGUAAACCGGUUUGCAAAACUUGGGCUUUUGGAUGAGGCUAGAAUGUGUGUUGAGAAGAUGAUUGCUCGUGGUAUUGAACCUGAUGUCUUUGUGUUUGAUUCUUUAUUAAAGGGCUAUAUUUCAAAUGGUGAAACAGAAGAAAUUGUUAAUUUGCUUCAUCAGAUGGCAGACAAGGGUGUUAAUCUUGACAAAGAAAUAACUUCUACCAUCUUGGUGUGCCUCUGUCAAAUCUCUGAUAAUGUAGAUGUGAUGGAGGUUCUCCCAAAUUUUUCCAGAGAGACAUCAAAUGGAAUAAGCAUUACCUGCAAUGAGCUGUUGAUGAAAGUCAAUAAAUCUUACCCAGAACUUAAGUUAUGUGCUGCUUGAAAUUGUUUCUCCUGAAGAGGCCUCCCAGUACCACAAAAGUGUGUUGCUUUCUGUGUGCUAUGGUAUGUAAGUCAUAUGUGUUUUGUUCAAUUUGAAAUGUUCAUAUUUAAUAUUUCCCUAAGGAAUGGCCAAUUGCUGUUCUUACUUUAAUUUGGAAAAUAGGAAACUACGAUUGGAAUUGAUGUCGUCAGAUUCUGUAGAU